AUGUCGUCACUCAUCACUUCUCUCAAAGAUCUCGUCGCCUCCAUCUUCGAGGUCAUAUUCUCCACGUUCAAGGGCGCGUUCGAUGCGGUAUACGGUAUUCUCCUCGCCUUCGUCAACUUCCUUGUCGGUAUUGCUUCUAUGGCCCUGCAUACUGUGAAGGGCACGUUGGAAGCUGCAGGUGGAGUUGGCAAGUUCAUCGCUAGCAAUAUACUCGUCAUCGCCGUUAUUGCCAUCGGAGCUUAUGGUUACUUGGAUUACCAACGUCGUCAAGGGCGUUCAGUCAAGGUUGGAGACAAAAAGUUGAACUAG